AAUGCAGAGACAAGCAAGUACCACCCGCGCGUCAGAGUUACCGCCGACGUCGAUCUUAUCUCUCUCACAGUCCCCCAGAAGAAAGACGGAGGGACGCACCGACCUUCCAUUGUACACACCCAAGAAGGAAGUUUGGCCCCCAAAAUGGCGCCACAAUUGGGUUCAUCUUAUCCCUCUUUUGGUGCUUCGCUGCCUAUUCAUCUUGUGGCUGUGUUCUCCUCCAGUUAUCAUAUCCCACUUCACGAUAUCAGGGGAAAGAAUGAUAAAGAAAAUGGUUUUGUGUGUGUUUAUUUGGGGAAGUUUGAUAAUGGAAAUAAGGACCAAGGCCAAGGUGAACUUGGAUAUGAUGAGUGGAGCUCGAGCUGCUUACUGAGUGGUGAUGCAGGAUACACUCAUGGAGUCAAUCUUUCAGCCUUACCCUUCAGUUUCUGAAAUGCAGAUGAUCGACAAUGACGGUACAGCUAAGUGAGCAAAAAUGAAAUGAAAAAGCUGAAUAGAUGUGCAUGAGACAACCUUUAAACGGUGUGAAGUUUCUAACAAUGCUGAUCUCUUAUGUUAGGGAAGAUAAAUAAUAAUGAUGUAUUAGGACUAUACACUGUUCCUACUCUCAAUGUCUUGUGGAUCAACCACAGACAUCCUCUUUAAGUACAAUUAGAAAUGAUGUUACAACUAAACCAAGAAAGGAUAUAAUGGAAAAAAUGUGUAGAUACAUCAUUGUCAAUGCUGCAUUUAGUGAAAUAUUUGGAUCAAGAAUCCUUUGCUUGUUUUAGGUUUCUAAAUUUGUCGAUUCUUGUGCGACAAGAAAGAGGAUAGAAGUACAAAGCUUUUCCCCUGCUUUAUAAUGCCUUGUGGUCCAACAUAGAACACUUGAAUGUAAGUACAUCUGAAGUGUCUUACUGUGUUACAUUUACAAACGUAAAGAGACUAAAAAAUCUAAUGCCAAAACUUACAACUGCGUUCAUCCUUUGUGGAAACGUCGCUGUUGUUAUCUGUGGUUAAAAGGUAAAACAACAUUUUCUUUACCUUGCCCCUGCUUAUGUGUUGCAAAUCAGUUCAGUUUCUAAAAAAAAGUUCAGUUUUUUCCAUUUUCAAGCCGUCCCCCAAUAGGUCUGGAGACAGACGAAGGACCUUAACAAAACAAAACAAGUUUCUCCUAACUCUGCAAUUCACUUAUCUCACCAGCUCUGCAAUUUCCCACCCAUAAGUACAUAACUGUAUCCCUGUUUGAUGGCAAAACUCUACAGCAGUCCCUCCUAGCCGCCUGUACUUCAUGAAUAAAUAUCUUGGUCAGUUUCUACAAAAUAUACCCCAUUUUUUACAAAAUAUACCCCAUUUUUCAGUAAACACUAAUAAAAGAAAAACAAUUUUCUGGCUUUAAAGGAGAAAAUAAGUGUUGCAUCCCCUACUAAAAAACCAUUUUUUUUUUCCUUUUUUUUUAUUUUUUUAAAAAAAAGAAGAAAACUAGGAACAUACCCUCUCCCACCGGCUGUUAUCAGACCUUUUCAAGACAACAAUAGAGUUGAGUUUUUCCGGCGAACUACUUUUCCACCGGCAGUAAGGUUGCGCCUCCUUGUGACGGGAGUAAACCCCAAUUAUCUGUUUCCUCUUUUCGUCAUACUUGACCGAUUUCAGGUAGAACAAAAAGGGCUUCUGGCAAGGGUGCUUGGCCACGGGCCUUGUGUUGAACGCGUAAGCCGUGUAGUCAGCCCGUUUGUACCAAUUGAGAAAUGUUCGAGUCGGCAUUUCCAGCUCCCUCGGAGAUAUCACUCCACGCAUCACCUGGACCACAUAGCCCCAUGACAAGGAAAUCGACCAAUACCUAUUCUUGUCAUAGCAGAAAGACUGCUGGAUAAUGCUGCCCGAGUCAUGCGCCACUGACUCAAAUAGCCGUCUAAUCCCGUUGACUCGGCUCAGGCCUGGGAAUAUCGGGUCCACCACAUCAAGAUGGUGGAGCGAGACGAGUGGGGUCACUGGGUGGGCCCCCAGAAGUCCUAGCAGGACGAGAGGUCAGACCUGAUGAAAUCCCAUUUCCUUGGUGAGAGGAACCCCGAGCUCGGCCAUGCACGCCUGUAUCCUAUCAUCACUUCCAUAAAGAGCCGGGUACCUCUGUAUACACCUGUCUUGCAUCUUCUGUAGCUCCUUAGCCAGCGGGUAGCUAAUUGCGAAUCCACCCCCUCCAUACGCCAUGGUGUAUGAAAAGAGUAUGUUCUGUAUGUGGCUCUCGGACGAGCUCCCGAUAUAAUAAUACUGCCUGUGAUCAUAUUUAGAGAUUACCCUCACAAGAUUGUCGACAAUGAAGACAGUGUCGUCGUCCCCCAUGACGAACCAUCGGACGUCUUCCAUUCCCAUGCGCAGCGUCUCGGAAACGAUUCUCGAGAUGCGGAGAGCCGAGCGCUUUCCCUGCUUGUUUGUGUAGUCGAAUCUCGACGUGUCACCCGAGAUGCGUGUCUCGGGAAGGAUGUGUCUCUCGUGUGGGGAGAUUUCGACUCGUUUGUCGAGCCACACGACUCCACGAGUCUUGUUUGGCUGCCACCACAGCUUGAUGUAUUCCUUGCGGUUUUCCCAGAGGCUGGACGAGGCUGCGAUGCCGAAUACGAUGUGGUUUAGGUGGGUGGGGUCGAGUGGCUGUGACUGUAAGUUUAAGUGUGAGGAAGAAUUUUGUUGUUGGUUGGAGGUGUUGAAGGGCGAGCAGUCGGAGGGGGAGGAGUUGCGGUUGAGGAUGAUGAGUUUGGAGGUGUAGAGAGAGUAGAGAAUGAUAGUGGUGAUGAAGAAGGUGGCAAUGGAGAUUCGGAGGCUGCUGAGGCCGCGGUGGGAAGAAGGGUGGUUCAUUUGGAUGGUUGUUUGUAGGGAGAGAAUGGUAGUGGUGGCAAUGGCAUCAAGAGUG